CUUGCGGCAGCAGCGUGACUUACGGCUGCCCCCUAGUGAGGAGCAGUUGCGGACGAAUGAGAAUGCGGGAUUGGGUUCGAAGGUGUCCUGGGCGGGCUACCUUCCAAAAUGACCCAGUCGGUGGUCGUACAGGUCGGCCAGUGCGGAAACCAGAUCGGUUGUUGCUUCUGGGACCUGGCCCUGAGGGAGCACGCGGCGGUCAACCAGAAAGGAAUUUAUGAUGAGGCAAUAAGCAGCUUCUUUAGAAAUGUGGAUACCAGAGUGGUUGGUGGUGGUGGCAGCAUUUCCAAGGGGAAAAUACGUUCUUUGAAAGCACGAGCUGUCUUGAUUGACAUGGAAGAAGGGGUAGUGAAUGAAAUUCUUCAGGGACCAUUGAGAGAUGUAUUUGAUAGCAAGCAGCUCAUCACUGAUAUUUCUGGCUCAGGAAAUAACUGGGCUGUGGGGCACAAAGUUUUUGGCAGUCUUUACCAAGAACAGAUUUUAGAAAAACUCAGAAAGUCGGCAGAGCACUGUGAUUGUUUGCAGUGUUUCUUUAUAAUACACUCCAUGGGAGGAGGAACAGGAUCUGGACUUGGUACAUUUCUUUUAAAGGUGCUUGAAGAUGAAUUCCCAGAAGUAUACAGAUUUGUGACUUCAGUUUAUCCUUCUGGUGAGGAUGAUGUCAUAACUUCACCUUAUAAUAGCAUCUUGGCAAUGAAGGAACUUAAUGAGCAUGCAGACUGUGUGUUGCCCAUUGAUAAUCAAUCUUUAUUUGACAUCAUUAGCAAAAUUGACCUCAUGGUGAAUUCUGGAAAGUUGGGUAAAACUGUGAAGCCCAAGAGUCUGAUUACUUCAAGUGCUGGGACUUUUAAAAAGCAGCACAAGAGGCCCUUUGAUGCAAUGAACAACAUUGUGGCAAAUUUGAUGCUUAACCUAACAAGCUCUUCAAGGUUUGAAGGAUCCCUUAACAUGGACAUUAAUGAAAUCAGCAUGAAUUUAGUUCCUUUUCCACAACUUCAUUAUCUUGUGUCAAGCCUAACACCUCUAUAUACACUGGCAGACAUUAAUGUUCCUCCUCGGAGGUUGGAUCAGAUGUUUUCAGAUGCCUUUAGUAAAGAUUACCAACUAAUUCAAGCAGAUCCCAAACAUAGCCUAUAUCUCGCCUGUGCCCUCAUGGUUAGGGGAAAUGUACAGAUUUCAGAUCUUCGCAGAAAUAUUGAAAGAUUAAAACCUUCUCUACAUUUUGUCUCCUGGAAUCAAGAAGGCUGGAAGACCAGCCUGUGUUCUGUACCGCCUGUGGGCCAUUCUCAUUCAUUAUUAGCUUUAGCAAAUAACACAUGCGUGAAGCCUACCUUUGUGGAACUGAGAGAGAGAUUCAUGAGGCUCUACAAGAAAAAGUACAGAGACACAGAGACAGAAAGGGAGGAAGGAAGGAAAGAAAUGAAGGAAGGAAGACAAGAAGAAAUCAAAGAAAUGAAAAGGACUAGGAAAGCAAAUAUCCUGAAGAACUCGAAAUGGCUAGAGUCUCUGGAAGGGAAAGAGGAAGGACUUACCUGUGCCAGCCCGGUGAAGAGAAGAGUGGAACAGAGGAGCCCCUGCAUGUCGCUGGGAUGCAGCUGGCCUGAGAGAUGGGAAAGUGGGGGCUCCUCAUGCUGGGGACACACAAAGCUUCCCUGUCUUCUCUGAAGGAGCCGCCUCCACCUCCGGGCACUGGCUUCCACACUGGCUUUCCUUUCAGUACCCUGCUUACUUUCAUGUGUCUCUUCCAGAAAUACCUUCACAGCUAGGAUGAAGUGUGUCAGGAGAGGGCCAGGGCUUUCCUCCAGGGAUUCAAGGGCAGAUCCAGCGAUGGCUUUUCUUUAAGUAAAUGUGCUCACUUUUCCGGAGAUCAGAGUCUGCCCUUGGGCAAAAUGGAGGCAUUACUUUCCAUUCCUGGCCCUCUGCCUCUCCUCUGUGAUUUCCCUGCUCCAGCUCCUCUCUGGGCUGCUUUCCUUCCUCCUUUGCCCUCAAGCAGAGGGCUAGCCUGGUCUCUCCGCUUCCUGCCUCACCACAGCCUGGCCCUGUUGAUGGGUUUCUCACUUCCCAUCAACAACCAAUUUCUAAAAGGCCAUUUCUGAUUCGCCAGCUGUUGACUUUCGGACGUUUCCACAUGCUCUGCAUUAAACACAAUCCUCACACCAGGUGGACCAUGAUUGGAAAGGAAAAACCCAGCCUGAGAAAAGCUACUUUCUGUGGCCACAAUUCCAUGGCAAAUAAAAGUAAAGCUAACUCCAAUCUUCCCAAGCCUAUGAUCAAACGUUUGUGCUAGUAACAGUCAUUUGGAUUAAAGUUUUGUUUUAAAAACUUA